UGGCUGAACGUGAUGAGCUGCUAGUUUUCUACUGACUGGUGUUUUUAGAACCAGAAAGGAGCGCUGGGAGAACAGUGCUGGCUGAGCUAGGGACUAAUGGGAGCCUGAAGAAAAAGCUGUGAGCAGGACGGAGGUUCUGCUGGUUCUGCUGGUUCUGAGGAAGGCUGUUAGCAGAAAGCUGGUCUUUUCUCUGGAGAGCAGAAAACUCCCUGAGUGAGAGAGAAAGAAGAAGCAGGAGCAGAGGAGGAAGGAACCUGCUGCUUUCUGAGAACACCACUGUUCAGGAACCGCUGGCAGCCCACAUGUCAGCUGGAUAUAAAGGCAGCGGGUCGGACCGGUCCUGCACACACUUCCAGAACCUCCAUCAGGAACCAUGAAGAUCCUGCUGACUCUCUGCCUCCUGACCUUCCUCUGCCUGCUGUCUCCCUGCUCUGCAGGUCCAGUCAGUCAGCAGCUGAUGUCCCUGGGUUCCUGCUGUUCUCAGCACAGCAACGUGACGGUUCCUGUAGGGAAGGUGAAGGACCUGCAGAUGUCUCCCAGCCACUGCAAACUCCGCUCCGUCAUAGUCAGCACUCAGAAAGGGAAGCGGUUCUGCCUGGAUCCCAGCGGGAGCUGGACCCAGAAACUACAGAGAGAGUUUGGCAGAGAGAGACGCCUGCACUGAAUCCGGAUCAGAACCGAGUCCGUUUGUGCAGCCAGAAUCACUUUGAUGUAAAGGAUGUUUUCUAAGAGCCGCUGGACGAGUCGCUGAGGGACCGAUCCACAACUUCACCGGAUCCUUUAGGAUUUUACAGAAACUCUUCCUCCUGGUUUGUUUGUCGGCUAGAAAAGCUGCUGCUGUAAAACUCUGAGAGCAGAAGUUCUGCUCAUCUUCAUGUUUUCAUGCACUUUACUCAGCAAAGUUACUCAUUUCACAAUAAAACAUUUACUUUUCUAUC